UGCCCAUAUCCGUGGCCACGAAUGUAAGUUUAAAUAUCAUCCCAUCCAAACCAAUCCCAACCGCAAAUUCGCGCUUCUCCACACGCCACACUCUCCCUCAUUUUUCAUAUACUUCUUCUACUUGUAUUAUCCCACUCCACCGCCGGCAAUUUCACCGGUCGCCGUCACCGAUCACCUCAUGGCCUGCGGAAAACUCACCACACACUUCUCGCCGCACUUGAUCUCCUCCCGCACCAAUCGAUCCCCUUUCUCCGUCCGCAUCUCCGGCAGAAUCAACGGUUUCUUAGCUCGAGCUGACCGCAGUUUGAUCGCCGACGCUCCGUCGUGCAUCUUCGUCGGUCCUAUCGAAACCGCAAGCAAGGAAACUCUCGAAGCUCUCUAUCGUCAAGCUAGGGAGGCGUAUUACAACGGAAAACCGUUGAUAGUUGAUGAUAUGUUUGAUAGAAUUGAGUUGAAGUUGCGGUGGUAUGGUUCCAAAGACGUCGUUAAGUAUCCUCGUUGUAGUCUUAGAAGGCAAUCGACUUAUGCGGAUGCUGAGGAAGAUCCUUCACAGGUUUUUGCAUUAGCAAGUGUAUGGCUCUUGUUUCUCUGUAUUGGUGGUACAGCUUGUCUUGUGCCACUAGUUCACACUAUUGCUCAAGCUUAUCAAGAGGCACUCAGUUCAGGAUAUAUGUACGACAGCGAAGUUUCCGAAAUUGACAAUUUGGCAAUAUUGAACGGCAUGCUCUUCAUGGUGCUUGGGUCCAUGAUUGGCUAUCCAGUUGCGUUGGCUUCUGUUGGAGCGCUUAAACGCCUAUGGAAGAAUGACUUGGUGGCACUUAAAGGGUCCUGCCCUAAUUGUGGUGAGGAGGUAUUUGCAUUUGUGAGAUCAAAUCAGUCCAACAAUGCACCCCAUAGAGCAGAUUGUCAUGUAUGUAAUUGCUCGCUAGAAUUUCGAACAAAGGUGGAGCAAUCUAUCACUAGUCCAGGAAGACAGUGGGUUUAUGGUCGAAUAUACUUGAAAGGACAAAGAAAUAGAAGCAGACUUCAAGUAUAGAGUGUAUAGUCUGAUAAAACAACUUUUUGAGCUGGGUGGACAAAUGUUCCAUUACUGUCAUGGGGGUGUGAAUGUUUUCCCACAGGUAUUAGCAGUGGGUGAAUGGUCUAUAAAUAUACUUGUAAAGAGCAAGCAGUAGAAGCAGCGUCACAUAUGGAUAUGAGUUGGAUAAAUCAUCAUGUUGUACGCUGGAUUAAUCAAUGUUAAUUAAUGGAAAUUUAAGUUGAA